AUCUAAUUUUCCGUUUACAUUGAUUAUUCUAAAAAACCGAACAGCGUCAUUGAGCACCACAUACUCUAUUCUCUUAUCGUUUUUAUUUAUAAAUCCAGAGUAAAUAAGAAAAAUUGUAAUCUCCAUUUUUGAACUUUGAGCUCUGAGAAAAAAAAUUAAACCAAAAUAAAAAAUAAAAAAUGUGUUCCUUGGAGAAGAAAGGCAACAUCUUCAUCCUAACCCUAACCGGGUCGGGUGAGCACAGGCUCAACCCGACGCUUCUCGAUUCAAUUCGAUCAGCUCUACGCCAAGUCCGAGCUCAGUCUUCUUCAUCUUCGGUCCUAAUCACAACCGCUCAAGGCAAGUUCUUCUCCAAUGGCUACGAUCUCGAACUGGUCAAGUCCUCCCCAUCUAGUCCCCAUAUCAUGGAUGCCAAACUGAGGUCGAUCGUAGCCGAUCUCAUCUCCCUCCCGAUGCCGACCAUCGCCGCCGUCACCGGCCACGCCUCCGCCGCCGGCUUCAUCCUAGCUCUCAGCCACGAUUAUGUCCUCAUGAGGCGGGAUAGGGGUUUCCUCUACAUGAGCGAGCUCGAUAUUGAUCUUGUUAUUCCUGCUUGGUUUACGGCUUUGAUCAAGUGCAAAAUCGGCGCGUCGAUGAGCCGCCGAGAUGUGGUGUUGAGAGCCGAUAAGGUGACGGCUGAUGAAGCCGUGAAGAAGGGGAUUAUCGAUUCGGCGUAUGAUAGCGCGGAGCAAACGGUUGAAGCUGCCGUUGGAGUGGGGAAGAAUUUGGUUGGGAGAAAGUGGAAUGGUGACGUGUACGCUCAGAUUCGAAUGGAAGUCUUGUCGGAUGUACUGGAUGCGAUUCGUGUCGGCAGCACUGGGUCAAAGCUGUAACAUUGUUUGCAUCGUACUUGACCAUAAGUGUUAUUGUAAACCGUGGAUAAAAAAUUUUAAAAUAUAGAAAAAAAGUUUAAUUGAUAAAUAAAUUAAUAAA